AUGGAAAUUUUGGAUAAUUCCGGAGGUGACUUUCAUAUUAAGCUCCACAUCCGGAAUAAAUCCGAUAACUUCAUAUGGAGUUUGGUGUCUGUCUAUGGAGCUGCCCAAGAUGUUCAUAAGCCUGCUUUUCUCCGGGAGUUGGUUAAUCUAGCGAAGGAUAAUCCGCACCCUAUCAUCAUAGGUGGGGAUUUUAACUUGCUCAGAUAUCCACAUGAGAAAAGUAGAGGCAGAUUUGACACCCAUUGGCCUUUCUUAUUCAACGCUGUCAUUGACAGUCUGGAUUUGAGAGAGGUUAAUAUGGGGGGGAGACAAUUCACUUGGGCGAAUAGUCUCCCCGAGCCUACUUACGAGAAAUUGGACCGUGUAUUGAUGGACUCAGACUGGGAAUUUAAAUUCCCUCUAGUAUCAGUACGGGUUCUCCCUCGGAUUGAAGCUUUGUCAGAUCACGCCCCAAUUUUGUUAUCUACCGGAAAGCCUUUGCCACCUCAUAUUGAUGCAUUAGAGGCAAUUGCGGAGGUACGCCCACUAACGAAGCAUGAGAUUGAACUUAAAAGUCAAUUCAAUGCUAAGUUGGCAGGCUUACUUCGUGAGGAGGAACUCAAAUGGUAUCAAAGAUCUAAAUCCCAGUUCUUGUUAGAAGGAGACUCGAAUACGAGAUACUUUCAUAGUGUGGCCAAUGGUCGACAUAGAAAGAAACUCAUUCACUCUCUUAUUCAAGAUGAGGGCCGGAUCGAAGGUCAUGAGCAAUUAAAGUCCUAUAUCACUUCUUACUAUAAAGGUCUCUUUGGUGCCCCGGAGGAAUCAGAUAUAUCCAUGGAUGAAUCUAGGAUUGAUGAUAUACCUCAAGUGUCUAUUGAAGAAAACGACAUUCUUACCUCCCCUUAUUCCGAGGAGGAGAUAAGAAUUGCGAUCUUUCAGAUGGAACACAAUAAGGCGCCAGGGCCGGAUGGUUUUCCGGCUGAGUUCUACCAGUAUUUUUGGGACAUCAUCAAGUCUGAUCUGGUGGGUCUGUUUGCCGAAUUACAUAAGGGCCAACUGGAUUUGUUCCGUAUCAAUUUUGGUGAAAUUAUUCUUCUACCAAAGGUUUCGGACGCGGAAAGGAUCCAGCAAUACAGACCUAUUUGCCUUCUAAAUGUUAGUUUUAAAAUUUUUACAAAAGUUGCUACCAUUCGACUUAACUCAGUGGCAGACAAAGUGGUGCGUCCUUCUCAGACUGCUUUUAUGCAAGGUAGAAACAUCCUAGACGGGGUGGUCACCUUACAUGAGACAAUUCAUGAGAUGCACCGUAAAAAAUUGAAUGGGGUAAUACUCAAGAUCGACUUUGAAAAAGCCUAUGAUAAAGUCAAAUGGUCCUUUCUUCAACAAACCCUCCGGAUGAAAGGUUUUUCUGAAGAAUGGCGUGCUCUUAUUAAUAACUUUGUUUUUGGUGGUAGUGUUGCCAUUAAGGUCAAUGAUGACAUUGGUAAAUACUUCCAGACCAAAAAAGGGUUGAGGCAAGGUGAUCCCCUAUCUCCAAUGUUAUUUAACAUUGUGGCGGAUAUGCUUGCAAUUAUAAUAGAGCGCGCUAAGAUCGAUGGUCAAAUUGAAGGUGUAGUCCCCCAUCUGGUUGAUGGAGGCCUGUCCAUACUUCAGUAUGCCGAUGAUACAAUACUUUUUAUGGAUCAUGACUUGGAAAAGGCAAGAAACCUGAAAUUAAUUCUUUCAGCUUUUGAGCAUUUGUCCGGUCUCAAGAUUAAUUUCCAUAAAAGUGAAUUGUUUUGUUUCGGUGCAGCCGUCGACGAGGCCAACCUAUAUGCUGAAUUAUUUGGCUGUGGGAUUGGUUCUUUUCCAAUUAGCUACCUGGGUAUUCCGAUACAUUAUCGGAGACUAACGCUGGCUGAAUGGAAAAUUGUUGAAGAAAGACUUCAAAAACGUCUUUCUAGCUGGAAAGGCAAAUUGCUAUCCCUUGGUGGAAGAUUAGUUCUCAUUAAUUCGGUACUCACAAAUAUGGUACUGUAUAUGAUUUCUUUCUUCCAGAUACCAAAAGGAGUCUUGCAUAGAUUGGAUUAUUUCCGAUCAAGAUUCUUUUGGCAAGGGGAUAGUGAGAAGAAAAAAUACCGGUUAACUAAAUGGAGCGUUGUAUGCCGUCCGAAAGAUCAAGGUGGACUUGGUGUUCACGAUCUUCAAGUUAAGAACAUGGCUUUGCUUGGUAAGUGGCUGGCCAGGUUAUUAACGGAGGAUGGUGUAUGGCAACAACUAUUGCGGAAAAAGUAUGUUGGCUCGAAGGCGAUCUCUCAGGUUUUUUGGAAACCAGGAGAUUCACAUUUUUGGGCUGGCAUCAUGGCAACUAAAAAGCACUUUUUCCCAUUUGGUUCUUUUUCCAUCAAGAAUGGGGCAGAGAUACGGUUUUGGGAGGAUCGUUGGUUGGGAACAACCACUCUUCGAGAACAGUAUCCGGCUUUGUACAGUAUUGUUCGUUAUAAAGGGGAUACCCUGCAGAAGGUGAUGGCAUCUUCUCCCCCCUCUAUGACGUUCAGGCGAGACCUUAUCGGCUCCCGACUAGUUGCUUGGAAUGAACUACUUGAGCGGUUAGGUUCAGUCCAGCUGGGUCAGGGAAUGGAUGAAUUCCGUUGGAGUCUCACCAAAAAUGGAAAAUUUUCGGUCAAUUCCAUGUACAAAGCAUUAUGUCUCUCUUCACAACCGGUACUAAAUAAUAAAUACAUUUGGAAGAUGAAGAUACCACUCAAAACUAAAGUUUUUGCAUGGUAUCUUCGUCGAGGUGUGAUUCUUACUAAAGAUAACCUUGUAAAGCGCAACUGGCAAGGUUGUACGAAAUGUGUGUUCUGUCACGAAGAUGAGACAAUAAAACACCUUUUCUUCAACUGUCGAGUUGCCCGAUCUAUAUGGUCAAUCAUUCAGAUAGGUUCUACCUUAUAUCCCCCUCGUAGCAUUGCAAACAUUUUUGGCAAUUGGCUAAAUGGGGUGGAUUCUAGGUACAAAACAAUUAUCAGAGUGGGAGCGAUUGCGAUUGUUUGGUCGCUUUGGCUAUGUAGAAACGACAAGGUUUUUAAUGACAAAUCUUCCUCUCUUAUGCAGGUAAUCUACCGAUGUACGGCUUUGCUCCGUUCAUGGUCGCCACUUCAGCAUUUGGCGGAUCGCGACCUCUUUAUGGAGGUGUCUACACGAUUGGAGAACACGGCCACGGAGUUUAUUUCCCAACAUGGGUGGCUGCAUAAUCGGAGGAUUGAAGCCAACGGAGCGUCAUAGUAGUUGGCCUUUUUUUUAUAUCACUCUAUGUAUCUUUUCGUCGAUGAUUUGUGGACCUUUUAAACGGCUGUGUGCAUCCUAGUUAUGCAGAGGCUGGGUGUAUUACUUAAAACCUUAUAAGUAAUAAAGCGCCCCUUAUCGAAA